CAACCUGGCAUCAGAUUGCUGUCUCCUGAUCAGAUUUUUACAUUGAAGAAGAGUAAAAUGUUCUUAUUGCUAGGCAUCUUAAGUUUUCUAUGCUGUAGUGAGACAUCAUAUUCACUUGCCAAAAAUGAAAGCAAUCCUUUUCCUUGGAAUAAAAUUAGACUUCCAAAGCAUGUUAUUCCAAUUCAUUACGAUCUUCUUAUUCAUCCAAAUCUCACUACUCUAUCUUUUACUGGAUUAUCCAAAAUAGAGAUUUUAAUAACCCAGCAAACUAGUACAAUCAUCCUCCACAGCAAAUAUCUUCAGAUCACCAAAACUACUAUCCACAAAGCAGAGGACAGUGUUGAUACAGCUAAAGGAAUAAUGGUUUUAGAACACCCAACAUUUGAGCAGAUAGCACUUGUUUCUGCUGAACCUCUACAAGUUGGGCACAGCUACAUUAUUAGCAUUGAGUACUCUGCUAAUUUAUCUGACAGCUUUCAUGGUUUCUAUAAAAGCACAUACAGAACUCUGGAAGGGGAAAUAAGGGUGCUUGCAUCAACACAGUUCGAGGCAACAGCUGCACGUAUGGCCUUUCCUUGCUUUGAUGAACCUGCACUAAAAGCAACAUUUUCUAUUAAGAUCAGAAGAGGCCCAAAGCACCUAGCACUAUCUAACAUGCCUUUGGUGAAAUCAGUAAACAUUAAUGAAUGGCUUAUUGAAGACCAGUUCGACAUCAGUGUAAAGAUGAGCACUUACCUAGUAGCCUUCGUUAUUUCAGACUUUAAAUCAGUUACCAAGAGGACCUCCCGGGGAAUUAAGGUUUCAGUAUAUGCUGUGCCACACAAGAUCAAACAAGCAGAAUAUGCUUUGGAUGCAGCAGUGAAACUUUUAGACUUCUUUGAGGAGUAUUUUAGCAUUCCAUAUCCUUUGCCAAAACAAGAUCUAGCAGCUAUUCCCGAUUUUCAGUCUGGUGCAAUGGAAAAUUGGGGAUUAACCACUUACAGGGAAUCUGCUUUGUUAUAUGACCCUGAAAAGUCCUCAAUAUCAAGGAGACUUGGAAUUACUUUGGUAGUAGCCCAUGAACUUGCUCAUCAGUGGUUUGGAAAUUUGGUCACCAUGGAAUGGUGGAAUGAUCUUUGGCUUAAUGAAGGUUUUGCAAAGUUUAUGGAAUUUGUGUCAGUAAACAAGACCCACCCAGAGCUGAAAGUUGAAGAUUAUUUUUUAAACAAGUAUUUUGAUGCCAUGGAGGUAGAUGCUUUAAAUUCUUCACAUCCUAUAUCGACUCCUGUUGAAGAUCCAGCUCAGAUUCUAGAAAUGUUUGAUGAUGUUUCCUAUGAUAAGGGAGCUUGUAUUCUCAAUAUGCUACAGGAUUAUCUCAGCCCAGAAGUUUUUAAAGCUGGUCUUAUACAAUAUUUGUUGCGAUUCAGUUAUCAGAACACACAAAACAAAGAUCUGUGGGACAGCUUGUCAGAUGUUUGUCCAGCGGCUGAUGGAAGUCAAAUACAAAAUGAAGUUUGUAUCAGAAACAAGGAGAGAGUCUUAAAUUCACACUGGACCAAAGUUGUGCUCCAUGAUGUGCAGGCAAUAAUGAAUACUUGGACGCUCCAAAAAGGGUUUCCUGUAGUGACAGUUACUACUAAAGGAAAAAAUGUCCAUCUACAACAAGAACAUUAUUCAAAGAACUCUAGCUUUUCUUCAUCAACUGGGAAUCUAUGGCAUAUUCCAUUGACAUAUAUUACCAGUAAAUGUAAUGAAGUUCAGAGGUUCUUGCUGACAACCGAAACAGGUGAUAUAGUCCUCCCAGAAGAAGUGGAGUGGAUAAAAUUUAAUGUAGGAAUGAACGGUUAUUAUAUUGUGCAUUAUGGAGAUCAUGGCUGGGAUGCUCUAAUUCGCCUGUUAAAAGAAAAUCAUGAAACAAUAAGCAGCAAUGAUCGAGCAAGCCUCAUUAACAGUGCAUUCCAGCUGGUGAGUGCUGGAAAACUGUCAAUUACAAAAGCUCUUGAUUUAACAUUAUACUUAAAACAUGAAUCUGAAGUUACUCCUGUAUAUGAAGGCCUGAAUGAGCUAAUCCCUCUGUAUAAACUGCUGGAGAAGACAAACUUAAGUGACACAGAACAACAAUUAAAGGCAUACAUAGUCAAUCUAUUUAAAAAUAUGAUUGACAAACAGUCAUGGGAUGAUAAAGGUACAGUGUCUGAACAAAUGCUUCGGAGCUCCCUACUUACUUUUGCGUGUAUACGCAAAUACCAACCAUGUGUAGACAAGGCAAAAGAGUACUUCAUGAAAUGGAAGAAGUCGGAUGGAACUCUCAAGUUGCCCAAUAAUAUUAAAAUGGCAAUAUAUGCUGUUGGAAUACAAACUGAUGAAGGCUGGGAUUUCCUUUUUAGCAAGUAUCAACUACCUGAAUUUGACACUGAAAAGAAUCAGAUUGAAGUUGUACUCAGUCUGAGCAAAAAUAAAGAAAAGCUUCAGUGGUUAAUGGAUCAAUCACUGCAAGGUGACAUAAUAAAGACUCAGGAACUUCCUUCUAUACUUUUGAGUGUUGGAAGGAAUCCUUAUGGAUAUCAAUUAGCUUGGAAGUUUUUAAAACAAAACUGGCAGAAACUUGUAACAAAAUUUGAACUUGGCUCAGCCUCACUGGCACACAUAAUUACAGGAAUAACAAAUCAAUAUUCCACAAAGGAACAGCUUGCUGAGGUAAAAAACUACUUCAGCUCAAUGGGCAAAAAAACUUCAGAACUCCGUGUUGUUCAACAAGCAAUAGAAACUAUUGAGGAAAAUAUGCAGUGGAUGGAUAAGAACCUUGAAAAAAUCAAGACAUGGUUACAGAUCAAUAGCAGAGUGUAAAACUGUAUGUGAACUAUUGAUUCAGAAUUAACAGAAAUUUUGCACUGGAAGAUUGCUCCUUUGCCUUGAAGAGAGGGAAAAGCAUCAUGACAUUAAUUACAGCAUCCAUGUAGUAAACACUGGCUGAGUUCAUGUAUUGUGUUAUGCCAUUAUGUGUUGUGAGAGGCUUGGGUUUGGCUUAGCAUGUUAUGUGAAGCCAAUCAAAAAGGCAUUAUUAAGUAAACCAUAGUAAAGUCAUGUGUUAAUCAGGUCACUGAAUAAACAAUGAAAAAUAAAAAACUUGGGGGAAAAAAGUUUGAAAUACAGAGUUAUCAAAAAUCGGGGACUGGAGUAAAAAGCUUUUCAUAUCUUAAGCAGAUGACCAUCUCUCUUAAAGUUAAUUGGUAUUUUCAUGUAUGUAGGGGGAUCCAACUUUUGAUCAGUGCAGUGGUACCCAGGUGGUGUGUUUAUUUGUUUACCUUAUUUGAAAGAAAUGAACAUAAAAGAACCUGCACUGCUAAAAGCAGUAACAGAAGCAGAGCAAUUCUGAUUUAAAAAACAAUACAAGGACAACGUGUUAAUACUACCACCCAUACCACUGGCUUUAUAAACAGGCUUAAAAUGAAUUGAUAUGGAUGUCAUUCAGUUUGACAUGUUAAAAUAGUCACUACAUAUCAAUUAUCUAGGUAUCAGCAUUGCCUCGAAUAUAUCGAUCCACAGAAUUGAUACUGAAACUGAAUUUAUUCUCCCCAUUUUACAAAUUGGCUGAUUUCAUUUUGUUCACCAAUACUCAUACUGAUUUAAUAUCAAAAGUUAAAUAUUAAGUGCCUUUUUACAAGCGAUUAUGGACAUCAUACAAGCAUCUGAAAGAGCAAAACGGUCGUCAUUUACAUAUUUAAGUAAGUAACUAAGAUAGAAGCUAGUAUUAAAUAUGCCUAUGAAUUUAGGCAAAUAAUGUACAAAGCUUCCAUAAAAUCUCCAGAGUGGCUACUGAAAUGUUGGCUUCUGCAUGAAAUUUAGGAAUAACAUUUUCAUAAGUAUGCUUCAGGCUAAGGUACAGUUAGUAUAUCCAAUUGAUUAUAUUCACUCUUCUUUCUUUUUACCCCCCCAGUUUCACAUCACCCAUCUAACAGUACAACAACAGCUUCAUAGUUUCUAUUCUAGUAAUAGGUGGUGGUAAUGAAAUAAGAUAAAAAUCAGGCUUUCUGACUCACAAUACAGGAUUAAGGAAUAAACUUUAAAAAUGCACACAAGAUGCUCCAGAAAUUCCCCAGCUCAUAAAAGAGAUGAAAGUGGAACUAAUCACACUAAUCGUUACACUAAACAAUCUCUUACCUUCUUGGGAGUUUUGGAUUUCUUUUCCUCCUUCCUAGGUGGUUUAGAUGAGGCAGCACUUUUUGAUUUGUCCUCCUGUGUCCAAAAGAUAAAAAUGCCUGUUCAUAAUGAAAUAAUAUCUUUCCAGAGAGCAAUGGCAUGAGAUACAUACAGAAAAACUGAAGUUUGUGGAUUCUGAGAUGGUGACCUGAACCAAGGGUUCAGGCAUGUCCAGAGGCAGCAGAAAGGAGGACCUAAAACUAAUUGUUAACGGUAGAGUACCAGAUAGUUCCAUAAUAUAAGCUUAAGAGACAUUAUGUUUUUAUAUAAUGCAGCUGCUGAGACUUCAGUUGAGGGAACAGUUGACUGUGGGGCAUAAGAAGCUCCUAAGCCCUCCUGCCGAGCACCCCUUUCUCUACUUCUGCUUUAUCCAUCCUGAGAAAGAUAUAAGUUUUCUGUAGCUUAGUAUUUAAAAUUCAAGUUCAUUUGUAUUUUUCAUUCAUGGUGUAAGAAUAAAUUCUUGCAUUUCAGUGAGUGCAUAUAAACAUGCACAUAGAAAAACUGCCCUUUUUGUAUUGUCCUGGAGAGGCAAACAAACAAAGAGAAACCUAUACAACUUUGUUGUGAGAAAAGCUUUAUUACCAGGAACACACAUUUAAAACAACUUGUAUUUUUGAUGAGUGAAGAGGGGUUUCUUUGGGUAACUUAGAGACAGUAUUUGCACUGGAUACAUUCUUGAGAACUAAUAAAAUUCAGAUUUACAACUAAGAAACAAAUGCAAGAAAGGACAUUUAAUACUUGUUCCAUUUGACUCUAAGAAACCUGAAUUAGCAUUUAAAACAGCCAACACUUUGCUCCAUUAUUUGAGUUAAUUGAUGCAUGUUCAUAUGCAAAGACUAGAAAGAAAAUGCCACUCCUAAACAGCAUUUGUUUAUCAAGUCUAUUCUUAGCCUUAUAAGCCAAUGUGGAAUUAACCUCAGCUACAUUUCUUUACUUGGUAGAAUUGCAGUUACCUAAAAAUUAGGCCAAACCUACCAAAGAAAGAAGUUGUGAUAACACUAUAUACUAAAUAUUGUGAAUAGAGAGACCAUGAAUUCCACCUUUUUAAAGCUUAAUGAAAAACUCCAGUCCCCAAAUGCUCAUGAAAAUAGGAUAGGAAGUAAAAGUAUACAACCAAGGUUAAAACAGGAAAAAAUGUAUACCCUAAAAAAGGCAGAUGGCGCUCUAGAGUAAUUGUAGGUGAAGGUGAAAGGGCUCCUGUGCAAGCACCGAGUCCUGUCUGACCCUCUGGGGGGACACCACUUUCACAACAUUUUCUUGGCAGACUAUAGCGGGGCAGUUUGGCAUUGCCUUCCACAGUUGUCGCCUUCCCCAGCAAGCUGGGUACUCAUUUUACCAACCUCGGAAGGAUGGGAGGCUGAGUCAACCUGAGCCGGCUACCCAAGAGAGAAUCCAGCAUCCGCUGGGAUCGAACUCAGGUCGUGGGGAGAGUUUCGGUUGCAAUACUGCUGCCUACCACUCUGCGCCACACAUAAGCAGAGUAUAAAUGGAGAUAUUUACUUAUUUAAAGGAGUGGUAUUAAAUUGACAAAACAUUUAUUUAUAAACUAUUUUUCUAUUAAACACUGUUCACUGGAUCAGAAUGAGAGAGAACAUGAAUAUAUUUUUUUAGAAAUUACUCAGCCACUUGACACAAUGACCAUGACGAAAAGCCAGAGCUAACCUUGUUUAUUACAAGCAGCCAAAAUGACAUAGAAGAGAAUAAGCUUUCAAGUUUCAAAAACUUUUGCUAUAUGAUUAAGAACAUGGGUGGUUUUCAAAUCAGCCAAUGUUUUUCUCUCCCUCUUUUUCCUAGUCUAUUUCCUUGAUGAAGAAUUCUUGAAACACUAAAACUUAUAAUAAAGGUGUUGAUUCUAAUAAA